CAGCUGGGCGUGCUUUUUUCCUUCUUCCUCCAAGCAAGCCCUUCUUUGCAUCUUGCUGCACACUUUCCACGCGCCUGUGCCUCGUGUUGCAUCUCCUUCUGUCUCUCUCUCGCGCAACAACAACAACACACCAGCCAUGCCCACCGUUUCCGGCUACCUGACCAAGCUCGGCUACAAGUCCGGCAAGUGGCAGUCCAGGUUCUUUGUGCUGGACGACACUGCGCUGCGCUACUACACGGAGCAGAACGGCCAGCUUAAGGGCGAGAUUCUCGUGAGCACCAUCACCUCCGCAGAGGCUGUCAAGCCCGGCUGCCAGGUCGCCCCCGAUGCCAGCACCACGGCCCCCAAGAAGCCCGUGGGCCCCUUCUGCCUGAAGAUCACCACCCAGGUCAAGGGCACCCGCACCUUCUACUUCCUCGCCUCCUCCAAGGAGGAGCAGCUCAAGUGGAUCAAGGCCCUCCUUCCCAACAAGGAGGACGGCAAGGGCGACCGCCCGUCCUGCCCCUACGCCACCAGCAUCAACGGCGCCCCGCUCGCUGACCCGCAGUACGCCCUGCGCGCCGGCGUCCGCGGCCCGCUCCUCCUCCAGGACUGGCAGCUCGUCGAGAAGCACACGCAGUUCAACCGCGAGCGCAUCCCCGAGCGCAUUGUGCACGCCAAGGGCUCCGGUGCAUUCGGCACCUUCACCGUGACGCAGGACCUGAGCAAGUUCACCAAGGCCAAGUUCCUGAACGAGGUUGGCAAGAAGACCGAGGUCUUCAUCCGCUUCUCCACCGUCGCCGGUGAGCUUGGCGCCGCCGAUGCCGAGCGCGACGUGCGCGGCGUCGCCAUGAAGUUCUACACGGAGGAGGGCAACUGGGACCUUGUCGGCAACAACACCCCCGUCUUCUUCAUCCGUGACCCAUCCCUCUUCCCGGACUUUAUCCACACGCAGAAGCGCGACCCCCGCACCAACAUGCGCAGCAACGAGGCCGCGUGGAAGUUCUGGUCCGAGCACCCAGAGUCGCUGCACCAGGUGACCAUCCUCAUGUCCGACCGCGGCAUCCCCACGGGCUACCGCUUCAUGAACGCCUACGGCAGCCACACCUACAGCUUCAUCAACAAGGACGACGAGCGCUUCUACGUCAAGUUCCACUUCAAGACCCAGCAGGGCCACAAGCACUACACCAACGCCGAGGCCGCCAAGGUUGUCGGCGGCGACCGCGAGAGCUCCCAGCGCGACCUCUACGAGGCCAUUGAGCUCGGCGACUUCCCCCGCUGGAAGUGCUACGUCCAGGUCAUGACCGAGGACGAGGCCGGCGCGUGCCCCUUUGACCCCUUUGACCUCACCAAGGUGUGGCCCCACUCCAUGUACCCGCUGCACGAGCUCGGCUUCCUCGAGCUCAACCGCAACCCGGACAACUACUUUGCCGAGGUUGAGCAGGCCGCGUUUGCGCCCAAGAACACCGUCCCCGGCCUGGGCCACAGCCCAGACCCCAUGCUGCAGAUGCGCAUCUUCUCCUACAUGGAUGCCCAGAACUACCGCCUCGGCAUCAACCACAACCAGCUGCCCGUCAACCGCGCCCGCUGCCCCAUCUUCUGCCCGCAGUACCGCUCCGGCCACAUGUCCCUCGGCGAGAUCAAGGACGCCAACUUCAACCCCGAUGCCAAGGUCAACAGCAUGCUUGAGCCGCCACUGAAGCUCGAGGGCGACGCCUUCCGCCCCGUCCCAAAGAACCCGGACGACUACACCCAGCCCGGCAACCUCUUCCGCCUGUUUGACCAGGACCAGCGCAACCGCCUCUUCAACAACAUUGCCGACGCCAUGGAGGGCGUGUCCAAGGAGGUCAUGGAGAAGCAGAUUGAGCACUUCUCCCGCUGCGACCCUGCGUAUGGGGCAGGCGUGCGCGAUGCCAUCCAGCGCCGCAGCAAGUAAACCCGGCACCUGCUUGCUACUCCUCAUCCACCAUCCGUCACACCACCACAACCCACCACCACAACCAGAACCAAACACACCCGUCAACAUCAAGUGCCAGCGACACCACUGCGCGCAAGAUGCGAAAAAUCAACCAAACAGCCCGACACCGUGCGUGUCUUGCUGUUUGGCAUUUGUCUUUCGCUGUGAUCUUGUCGUCUUUUGUUUUUGUCUCGUUUUUCUUUGUUGUUGAUUGGGUUGGUUUGCAAUUGUUUGCUGGUGGCGUGUAGCGUACCAGCCCCCCCCCCCGGACGUUGUUGCUUUUUGGAUGUUGUUUCUCUCUUGUUCUCUGCUCCAAUUUGCCAAUGACGCUUGCUUGUCCCCCCCCCCCCUUUGCUUUUACCCCUUUCUCUUCUGCUCCCUUCUCCUGUGUUCCCCUCCUGCUGCAUAACUGGUCCCGCGUGCUGUGUUGUGUCUCUUCGAUAAGUACACACGAUUCUCCACGCAACUGCGUCAGCCAACCCAACAGCACAGCACAUUGCCGCCAGUGUCAAAGUAUGCAACGCGUGGCUGUUGUUUGGUUAUGUACAUUCAUUGAUCCCACUUCGUUGUGUUGGAACGAGAAGACGAGUAAGACUGUCAUGCGGGGGUGGGG